AGUGCCCCCCAAACAGGCUGGAGUGAAACGAGCGGCUACGGCGGCGCCGGCCCGCACGCGCGCUGCGGCGGCUCCCUCCCAGCCUCCCCUCCCCUCCCCUCAGUCCCUUUCCCCUUCCCCACCCCGCCCCGCCGGGCCAGCGAGCGCGAGCAGUCGCCCGCCCUCGGCAACCGCCCCCAACGGCCGCCCGCGCGCCGCGGGCUGGGCCCCUCGCUCCUCCUCUCAGGCCCACGGGCGCCGGGCGCUCGCUCUCCUCCUCGCGCCUCGCACUCUCACACCUCGCGGGCACGCGGGCGAGCCGCGCCGCCAUGCGCGCCCAGUUCCAGGCUGCACCCUGGCCUAGGCGCGGCGGCCCGAGAUAGGGUCCCCUGAGCCUCCCGGGGGAGGAGAGGAGCCAGCCGCGCGCUCCGCCCCCUCCCCCCGGGUUGCCGGCGCCGCCGCCGCCGCCACCGCCACCUCGCCGCCUCAAGCCCGGCGGGGAGGAGGAGGAGGAGGAGGAGGAGGAGCAGUAGCAGGCCUCCGGACCCCCGCACCGCCGCCCGCAGCAUGGUUCCAGGGAUGCAAGUUUAGGUCAUCUGAUUGUGUGAUUGUGUAGCAAGUACUUUUAUCCAUCCAGCCGUCGCACUGGCUCAAGACAUUUCUGACUUAUUGCAUCCUUGAAGAGCAUCAAUAGAAGAGGAAAGAUAGAAAGAUGGGUGUGAAAACAUUUACCCACAGUUCUUCUUCCCAUAGCCAGGAAAUGCUGGGAAAACUAAAUAUGUUACGAAAUGAUGGACAUUUUUGUGAUAUCACUAUUCGUGUCCAGGACAAAAUCUUCCGGGCUCAUAAGGUAGUACUAGCAGCUUGCAGUGAUUUCUUUCGAACAAAACUUGUUGGCCAAGCAGAGGAUGAGAACAAAAAUGUGUUGGAUCUGCAUCAUGUUACAGUGACUGGCUUUAUACCUCUAUUAGAAUACGCUUACACAGCCACUCUGUCAAUUAACACAGAAAAUAUUAUUGAUGUUCUCGCUGCAGCGAGCUACAUGCAAAUGUUUAGUGUUGCUAGUACCUGCUCAGAGUUUAUGAAAUCAAGUAUUUUGUGGAAUACACCUAAUAGCCAGCCAGAAAAGGGUCUAGAUGCUGGACAAGAAAAUAGUUCUAACUGCAAUUUUACUUCUCGAGAUGGAAGUAUUUCUCCAGUGUCUUCAGAGUGCAGUGUUGUGGAAAGGACCAUUCCUGUCUGCCGAGAAUCCCGGAGAAAACGCAAAAGCUACAUUGUUAUGUCUCCUGAGAGUCCUGUAAAAUGUAACACCCAAACAAGUUCACCCCAGGUAUUGAAUUCUUCAGCUUCCUAUGCAGAAAAUAGAAACCAGCCAGUUGACUCUUCUUUAGCUUUUCCAUGGACUUUCCCUUUUGGAAUUGAUCGAAGGAUUCCGCCUGAGAAAGCAAAGCAGGCAGAAAACACCCGGACUUUAGAAUUGCCUGGCCCAUCUGAGGCAGGUAGAAGAAUGGCUGACUAUGUGACUUGUGAGAGCACAAAAACUACCUUGCCUCUAGGUACAGAAGAAGAUGUGCAAGUCAAAGUAGAAAGAUUAAGUGAUGAGGAGGUCCACGAGGAAGUGUCCCAGCCUGUUAGUGCAUCUCAGAGCUCACUGAGUGAUCAGCAGACAGUGCCAGGAAGUGAACCAGUUCAAGAGGACCUUCUGAUUAGUCCACAGUCUUCCUCUAUAGGCUCAGUAGAUGAAGGAGUUACCGAGGGGUUGCCAACGCUUCAGAGCACUUCUAGCACCAAUGCACAUGCAGAUGACGACGACAGAUUGGAAAAUGUUCAGUAUCCCUACCAACUCUACAUUGCUCCUUCUACCAGCAGUACAGAGCGACCAAGUCCAAAUGGUCCCGACAGACCUUUCCAGUGUCCAACCUGUGGGGUUCGAUUCACCCGCAUUCAGAACCUAAAACAGCACAUGCUUAUUCACUCAGGAAUUAAACCAUUUCAGUGUGACCGCUGUGGAAAAAAGUUCACCAGGGCUUACUCGCUAAAGAUGCAUCGCCUAAAGCAUGAAGGUAAACGCUGUUUCCGGUGCCAGAUAUGUAGUGCCACUUUCACUUCCUUCGGGGAAUAUAAACACCAUAUGAGGGUUUCCCGGCACAUUAUCCGCAAGCCUCGGAUUUACGAGUGCAAAACAUGUGGCGCCAUGUUCACCAACUCUGGAAAUUUAAUCGUGCACCUGAGGAGUCUGAACCAUGAAGCAUCAGAGCUAGCAAACUACUUCCAGAGCAGUGAUUUCUUAGUGCCGGACUACUUAAACCAGGAGCAAGAAGAGACUCUUGUUCAGUAUGAUCUUGGAGAACACACUUUUGAAAGCAACUCUUCUGUUCAAAUGCCUGUGAUUUCACAGGUCUCCUCAACCCAGAAUUGUGAAAGCUCUUUCCCUUUGGGGUCUCUUGGUGGGCUUGCAGAGAAGGAGGAGGAAGUACAAGAGCAGCCAAAGACCAGUACUCAUGCUGAGGCUCCCAGAGAAGACCCCCCAAGUCAGAGUUGUCUUCUCUAACUGUCAAGUGAUUCGGCGAUUUGGCCUCGUCGGUUUUGGUUUUUGGAAAGUGCCUGUGCUUGGUCUUCUAUGUUUAAAUUUAAUUUUUCAAACAAAGAAGAGUUCCCUUUGUAAGCCCUGAAAUUGGAGGGUUGCUUUGUUUUGUUUUUUGUUUUGUUUUUUCAUAGCUGAGAGAUUGCUUCUGUAUGUGUACAAUAAGGUAACAUUGAAACAGAACAUAAACUCUGAGACUUAAGGGAAAGCAGCUGAUUGCAAACGUGGCAGUUCUUCCUCCCAUUGUUAAAGGUGGGCAGCAGCAGAUACAGAAGAAAGCAGGUUGUUGUUGACCUUCCUGAGAUGAGAGGACUCAUUGGAAGUUACUAAACAGAAUUUGACAAUGCCCAAGUAAAUGUUUACUCCUAGAUGCAGGGUGUUAUAAAUCCUGUAGUUUUGGAAGUAUUUAUGGUAAUUUUUUUUCAAAUGAAGGUAAAUAACUUUUGAAAUCCAGCAUAUUCUUUUUUUAAGCCAUUAUGAAUUUUCAUGGGAAAAAAUGGUAUCGGGCAGGUAUUUCCUGUACCUUUAUAUACCACUCCAAAGGCUAAGUAAGAGGUGUGACUGAGAGGAGUCAGGCUGUGCCUGGAGUAGCCAGGGUGCAGAAUGAGGUAUGUAUACCCCAGCUUUAUAGGAAUUGUUUUAAUACAGUUUUUCUUACUAGAAUGAAUGUUUACCUGGCCUUUGAAUGCUGAUUCCUGACUAACUAGGACAUUGCCCAGAUUAAGUGUCCUCUUGUCCCAUCAACAGUACUUUCACUUGCAUAUACUAUUGUGCUGCCAUAUAAAAGAAAAAUAUUGAAGAUAUUCUAUAUUUUAUAUAUAGGUUUAUGUAUUGUUGGGGAUGUUUAUGCUGUACUGUUUUGGACAAAAUAAAAGAAUUCUGUUUUGAGGCUACAUUCUUAACCCAAUUAAGAUUGUUUACAAGAUCACAUAUGACAACAGUACAUUGUCCUUAUUCUAAAAUAUUUUGACGUAUUGCCAAGUUUGUUAAAAGCUAUUAUAGUGGCCGGGUAGUGGUGGCACAUGCCUGUAAUCCCAGCACUCGGGAGGCAGA